AUGGAUGAUAGCCCUCUGCCGCUGCUCACGGUGCCGACGGCGCCGUAUUACGACCAGAGACCGGGAACAAGCGGGCUGAGGAAGAGGACGUACUAUUUCGAGACCAAGCCAAACUACCUGCAGAACUUCGUACAAAGCAUUUUUUUCUCCAUCGACCUUCGAGACCGCCAGGGGUCCACCAUGGUGGUGGGCGGGGACGGAAGAUACUUUAAUAAGUUCGCCAUCGAGACAAUUGUUCAAAUGGCUGCCGCGAACGGGAUUGGCCGACUAGUCAUCGGACAGAACGGCAUCCUCUCCACCCCGGCCGUGUCCUGCGUCAUCCGUAAGAUCAAAGCAAUCGGCGGCAUCAUCUUGACCGCCAGCCACAACCCCGGCGGUCCCAAUGGAGACUUCGGAAUUAAAUUCAACACUUCUAAUGGCGGGCCGGCCCCCGAAGCCAUCACAGACAAGAUCUUCCAGCUCAGCAAAACCAUCGAGGAGUACGCCAUCUGCCCAGACCUGAAGGUGGACUUAUCGACUAUCGGCAGACAACAGUUCGAUCUGGAGAACAAGUUCAAGCCAUUUACCGUUGAGAUCGUGGAUUCGGUGGAGGCCUAUGGAAACAUGCUGAGGAAUAUCUUCGACUUCAGUGCCUUAAAAGAACUGCUUUCAGGACAGAACCGGCUGAAAAUCCGGAUCGACGCCAUGCAUGGAGUGGUUGGGCCGUAUGUAAAGAAGAUCCUGUGCGAGGAGCUUGGGGCCCCGGCCAAUUCUGCUGUCAAUUGCAUCCCGCUGGAGGAUUUUGGAGGGCACCACCCUGACCCCAACCUGACCUACGCAUCGGAGCUGGUGGACACAAUGAAGACGGGGGAGCACGACUUUGGGGCAGCGUUCGAUGGUGAUGGGGACCGGAACAUGGUUCUUGGGAAGAAUGGAUUUUUCGUCAAUCCUUCGGACUCCGUAGCGGUCAUCGCGGCCAAUAUUUUCAGUAUUCCCUACUUCCAGCAGACCGGCGUGCGAGGACUGGCGAGAAGCAUGCCAACCAGCGGAGCUCUGGACCGAGUGGCAAAAGCUACAAAGAUCGCCUUAUACGAGACACCGACCGGGUGGAAAUUCUUCGGGAACCUGAUGGACGCCAAUAAGCUGUCGCUGUGUGGCGAGGAGAGUUUUGGAACAGGGUCUGAUCACAUCAGGGAAAAGGAUGGUCUCUGGGCCGUCCUCGCCUGGUUAUCCAUCAUUGCCACCCGCAAACAGAGCGUAGAAGACAUCCUAAAAGACCAUUGGCAGAAAUUCGGGCGAAAUUUCUUCACCAGGUACGACUACGAGGAGGUCGACUCUGAAGGCGCCAACAAGAUGAUGAAAGACUUGGAAGCAGUCAUGUUUGACCGCUCCUUUAUUGGACAGAAAUUAGCGGUUGGUGACAAAGUUUAUACUGUUGAAAAAGCCGAUAACUUUGAAUACAGCGACCCUGUUGAUGGAAGCAUUUCAAGAAACCAGGGAUUAAGGCUCAUCUUCACCGAUGGCUCCCGAAUCAUCUUCCGACUCAGUGGAACCGGCAGUGCCGGAGCAACUAUCAGGUUAUAUAUAGACAGCUACGAAAAGGAUGCCCCCAAAAUAUACCAAGAUCCUCAGGUAAUGUUAGCCCCACUGGUUACAAUAGGACUUAAACUGUCCAAGCUGGAAGAGAGGACAGGCCGCACAGCCCCAACCGUCAUCACAUAA